AUGACCCAACCACGAGGAGACCGCGGAUCGUCUCCUGCUGGGGUAGACGUGAAUGAGGAUGAUACACAAUAUAUGGCCGGUGGCAUGACACUCGAAGAGCUUGACGAACACUAUCCGAAUCGCCCACGGAAUCAUUCAGAUACGCUUCCAUUUCAUGUUCUUUUCGAGACCUUGUUCAACCCAUUGAACGAACACAAGAAAUCAUCGGGGCCUCGUAUUCCCCGCACCAAGCUUGGGCCCCAUGGACCUUCCAAGCUCUCACCUCAUGAGCAAAGGCGGCACAUUAUUGAACGCUUCAUCUCAAGAUGGCGCAACGAUGUUGGCGAUGAUAUAUUCCCCGCACUACGACUCAUUCUCCCCGACAAGGACCGCGAUCGGGGCGUCUACGGUUUGAAAGAGAAUGCCAUCGGAAAGCUUCUGGUUAAGCUCAUGAAAAUCGACCGGAAUUCCGAGGACGGAUACAACCUACUCCACUGGAAGCUCCCCGGUCAGACGACGGCAUCUCGAAUGGCCGGUGACUUCGCAGGGCGGUGCUUCGAGGUCCUAUCCAAAAGACCGAUGCGUACCGAGGUUGGCGACAUGAGCGUCCGGGAAGUCAAUGAUCACCUCGACAAGCUAGCCGCCUCAGCGGGCGAGAAGGAGAACCUCCGGAUUUUCGAAGAGUUCUAUCAGAGAAUGAACGCCGAGGAGCUCAUGUGGCUGAUCCGCAUCAUCCUUAAGCAGAUGAAGGUCGGCGCUACCGAGAAGACCUUCCUUCACCUCUGGCAUCCCGACGCGGAGGCACUGUUCAACGUCUCGUCCAGUCUACGACGCGUAUGCUGGGAGCUGUACGAUCCGAACCACCGCCUGGAGCAGGAGAGCGCCGGUGUCACCCUAAUGCAAUGUUUCCAGCCGCAGCUAGCUCAGUUUCAAAUGCCCGCCUCUUUUCAGAAGAUGGUAGAGUACCUCCGCCCAACCGAGGAGGACCCCGAGUACUGGAUCGAGGAGAAGUUGGACGGCGAACGAAUGCAGCUGCACAUGGUGGAGGAUGACAACACACCUGGAGGGAAGCGUUUCGCGUUCUGGUCGCGAAAGGCCAAAGACUACACCUAUCUCUACGGAAACGGCUUCGAGGAUGAGCGGGGCGCCGUGACGCGGUACCUAAAGGAUGCUUUCGCGUCCGGCGUGCGGAAUCUUAUCUUGGACGGCGAGAUGAUUACCUGGGAUCCAGAGACCGACAAGAUCAUGCCCUUUGGCACACUCAAGACAGCUGCCUUGGCGGAGCAGAAUAACCCGUACAACAACAAAGGCCCCCGUCCGGUGUACCGAGUAUUUGACAUUCUCUACCUGAACGACCAGCCCUUGACCCGCUAUACCCUACGUGAUCGCCAUCGAGCGUUGGAAAAGGCCGUGGUAGGAGUCCGCAGGCGCAUCGAAGUGCACGGCCAUGAAGUCGCCACAUCUCCCGAUGCGAUCGAGCCUCUCCUCCGCAAAGUCGUGGCCGAAGCCUCGGAAGGCCUCGUUCUCAAGAACCCGCGGUCCAUGUACCGCCUGAACAGUCGGAACGACGACUGGCUCAAAGUGAAGCCCGAGUACAUGGAUGAAUUCGGCGAGUCGCUCGACUGCGUCGUCAUCGGCGGUUACUACGGCUCAGGCAAACGAGGCGGUACCCUGUCCAGCUUCCUAUGCGGUCUCCGCGCAAGCGAGAACCACAUCCACGCGGGCGCCAACCCGGAGAAGUGCUUCAGCUUCUUCAAAGUCGGCGGUGGCCUCACCGCCGACGACUACGCCGAAAUCCGACAUCGCACAGACGGGCGUUGGAAGGAGUGGAAUCCCAAGAAGCCCCCGGUCGAGUACAUCGAGCUUGCCAACGGCACGGCCGAAAAGCCCGAUCUAUGGAUCCGGCCUAAGGACUCCAUCGUCAUCGAAGCCAAGGCGGCGAGCGUCGGGCCCUCGGACCAGUUCGCGCUCGGCAUCACCCUGCGCUUCCCCCGCUUCCGCCGGCUGCGCAGCGACAAGCGCUGGGACCAGGGCCUGAGCGUGCAGGAAUUCCAGGACCUCCGCCGGCGCGUCGAGGAGGCGGUGAAGGACAAGAAGAUGAACGUCGAGAGGCGGAAGCGGAGACCCACCAAGCGGGCGAAGAAGGAACUGGUUAUCGCCGGCACGGAUGGCAAGCCGGUCCAGUUUGCCGGGGAGAAGACCAACAUGUUCGAAGGGCUCGAGUUCUGUGUCUUGUCGGAGUCGCUCAAGCCGUUCAGAAAGACCAAGGCGGAGCUCGAGACGCUCAUCAAGGAGAUCGGCGGACGUAUAUCACAGCGCGCGGUGCCCUCGUCGGGUAUGAUCCUCGUGGCUGAUAAGAGGGUGGUCAAGGUCGCCAGCCUGAUCAAGGGCGGCGGGGCGGACAUCAUCCGUCCCUUAUGGAUCAAGGACUGUCUAGCGCAACACGACGACUCUGCCCUGCUUCCCUACGAGGAACGGCAUCUGUUUUACGCGACCGAUGAGAUGAGGGAGAUGGCACGACAGCAUACCGACAUGUACGGAGAUAGCUAUGCGCGGGUCAUCGACGUCGAUGAACUGAGAGCCAUCAUGAACGGGAUGCCCAAGAACGAGGAAAGCGAUUUCGAUGCAGACGAGUUUCUGAAGCAGCUCGAGGAGCGGGGACAUGGAUUGCCCCCCUUGCGGAGUACGCUUUUCCGGCGGUGCGUAGUCCACGUGCGGGCACCCAACGUCGAUGAUCUGAACGCACUACGAUUGCAACAUUACAUUUCGUUUGGAGGUGGACGACUUGCCAGCGGGCUCAAGGAUGAAUCUAUCACGCAUAUUGUGCUGCUAGGGGACGAGGACGAGAGGCAAGACGGCGCCAUCACUGUGCGGAAGGAGCUGAAAGGACGGCGCAAGCUCCCCAAUCUUGUGACGGGACGGUGGGUGGAAGAUACGUGGAAGGAGAAGAGGCUGCUUGGUGAGGAGAAGUACAUCCAGCCAUGA